GAAUCAUCCCCUGCAUCAGGAAUGAAUCUGGAUAAAAUCCUUGCCAUUAUCAAAGAGGCAAACCUCUUGGCUAUCCGCUUCGAGCAGACGGACACCAAUGGCAUCGCAAGAUCCAAGCUUGUUCUGGCUAAACACUUUAAGGAAAAAGUAACCAAGGGACUCAAUUUCUCUCUCACUCAUCUAUCCGUUGAUAUCCAGAUGAAUGAACUCGUAUCAGAUACUGGAUAUGCAGAGGAAAUAGGUUAUGGUGAUGCUGUCAUGUUUCCUAUAUUUGAAACCUUUCAGGUUCUUCCAUGGUUGGAACGCACAGGUCGAAUCCUGAUCGAACCAACCUGGAAAGGGUCUGAAGUAGGAGGGCAUCCAAGAGUUGUAGCUCGCAGGCAGUUGGAGAAACUGAGAAAACUUGGUAUAUCUCUCCUCUCGGCCCACGAACAUGAAUUCUACGUGGUUGAUAAGAAAACGAAGAAACCGCUAAACGAGGAUAAAAACGUGCAUUCUGCAAUUCGCGAUACUCCAUACCAUGACCUCCUUGUCAAGUUCAUGGAGUAUCUUCCCAAGGUUGGUGUAGAUCUUGAGCAUGUAGAGAAUGAGUACGGACCGGGUCAACUCGAGAUCUCCUACAAACCUGCCUUUGGAAUACGUGCUGCUGAUACCGCCCACACCUACAAAACGUCUAUCAAAGAAAUUGCCAUCCUCAAUGGCUACAUGGCCUCUUUCAUGACAAAGCCUUAUCCCAACAAAUCUGGUUCAUCCGGUCAUUUUAAUCAUUCUCUCUGGGACAACGACGAGAAGGUACCUCUCCUUUACGAUGCACACGAUCCAUUGUCCAUUUCUGAAAUAGGUCAAUACUGGAUCGCAGGAAUCUUGGCUCAUGCUCCAGCAAUCGAAGUUCUUAUGGCUCCAACCGUCAACUGUCUCUCCAGGGUCGUACCACAUACAUUUGCUCCAGUCAACGCUACCUGGGGUUUCGACAACCGUACGUGUGAUCUCCGUGUACAAAUAAACGGUCCAGAUGGAACGUACAUUGAACAUCGCGCUGGGGCAGCAGGAUGCAACCCAUACCUAUCCCUGGCUGCAACAGUUGCAGCUGGUGUGGAUGGCAUCGUCAACAAGCUCAAACCUCCACCACAUGUCACUGGUAAUGCCUAUAAAGAAGCCGACAUUCUGCCAAAGACAGCUAACUUCCCAACAAAUAUGGAGGACGCCCUCACUGCUUUGACCAACGAUGACACAAUCUGCGAUGCUCUCGGUAAAGACUUCAUAAAAUGCUUCACAGCGGUGAAAAUGUGCGAAGCAAGGCAGGCGAGGGAGGCCGAAGCUAAAGGCGACCGAGAUUGGGCCUUUAACUACUUUUUUGAAUACCUGUGAAUUAAAAAUCGGCAUGUGUUCAUUCACAAACUUGAUAAUUUUAAUUGAAAAAGCAAUAUCAAUACCAAUUGAUAAUAAUUUAAAAAAAAAUCAUAAAUCGAACUUCACUUUCCGAUCACCUCUAGAUUUUUGCCCUUUUGAAAUAUCAAAACAGUGCACCGCGGUGGAGCGAUACACGCAGAAUAAUGAGCAUGGUAAAAAACGGUAUCGAAAUUGCCAAAAUCAGUGGGAAAGGGUAUGUUUUGAAAAUGUAGGCCUAUACUGACAUGUAAAGGUUUAUAGGCCUAUAUCUUUUACACAUUCGUGGAAAUAUGAUAUUCAAAGCAUUAUAGGUGGAUGAAAAUAUUACAAAUUUUAGUAAAGGGUAUAUAUAAAGGGAAUUCUUAAUUAUGGGUACAUUUUAAAUGCCCAUGUACGCCAGUAUAUGGUGUCCACUUUUAGAACAAUAAGCACAAGAGAACGCCUUGAGCACUCUACAGAGUGGAUUUGGCGCGAUAUAAAAGUCUAAUUAUUAUUAUUAUUAACGAAGAGCCUCAAAAGCCAAAUGCAUGAGGCUCAAAUUUCUUUCUCACUUGUAUCAAGUCCAUCGACUGGACACGCGCAGCUGGCGGUUCCCUAUUAAUAUGAUUAAUGCUCGAUCUCCAUUUCAAGUCAAUAUAUAGGCAAACAUCACGGUGUCAUUAAAUUUGGGUCAACCUCUGUCAGUAAAUCAACACAGAAAUUUCACACAGCGACUUACGAAGGACUCAAGAACAGAUAAAAUGCGUUGCCAGAUGUUCUUCAUGACAAAGAACAACCAAGAAUUAUUCGUCCUCAAUUGGUGAAUCAGAACAGCUGUUUAGUCCUUGACUUUGGACAAACGACAUAACUAUUUGCAUUUUUUCAGCUCUAAAACUCCUAUUCCGGUUUUCCGAUUUUCGACAAAGACCUGUCAUUUGAUGGGCAUUUUCAAUACAUUUAUUGUGUCCUUGAAUCCCCAAUACGUCGCAGGGGAAAAACUCCCUAUUAGUGUCAUUCCUGAAAGUUCAUCUAAAUUCUACUUGCUAUUCUAUUUAUUGACUGGUAUUCGGUGCAGUUCAAUUCUCUAUUUUGUCAGCAAAUAAUAACUAUAUACUCCACCAAUAUAAAAGUAGCAUUGUUUGUGUAAGGUCAUCACUGUGAAACUGUUUAGCAGUAGAGCUUCUGCAUUUAUUGUUAAAUCCCAUUCACAAUAACGUUAACAUCACGCAAAAUAAGAUAAUGAUAAUGGAAAAUAGACAUAAUUCAUAUACAGUUGUGCUCAAAGGUUAGUGAACCCCACAAUAAAAUGCACUCCUUCAUCAUGUUCGUGUUGAGAGUUGAAUGUAUAGACAACAACAAAAAUACAAUGUUCGGUGAGCACAGAGAAACAAACUUUAUUGAAUGUAAUAUUCUAUCACCUGACUUGACAAUUAAAUAUCUAAAACAUGGCAGAACUUGCACACUUUAAAUAUGUUUAUUUUCUGAUGGGGUUCACUAACUUUUGAGCACCACUGUAUAUAUAUUUUCCUUAUCUUUUUAUCUUGUUCUCCGUAUCGUUGUCUUUUAUGUUUUAUCCUCCUUUCUUACUCCUCACUUCUUUCUUUCUCUAUACCCGGUGGGUGUUUCAUAAAGCUGUUCGUAAGUUAAGAGCGACUUUAAGAACGACUGGUGAUCAUUUCUUGUGGUAAAUGGUAUAUUCAUUCAUGAUUGGCGAUGGUUAAGCGCGUAAGAAAGGUAUCAUUCACGAUGGAAGCCUUGUGUGACAGUUCCGUCUGAUCUUUACCUUUUUACUCUUUUCCUUUUUUUCUUUCUUGUUAUAUGCUCAUGUAUUAAUUGCCUAAUUAUUUGUUAUUAUUGUUAUUUGAUGUAAUUUAUCUAUUGAUUUAUAUAAUGGAAAUGAAAUAAAAUAAUUUAAUUGAAUUGAUUUGAAUAUAAUCAAGUGCAAAUAGAAGGGAUGCAUGGGCAAGCUGGCUAUCGUAAGCAAAGUGAGUGAAUAGCAUGCAUGCAGGGUUUUAUUUCAUUAACAGUGAUAUAUAUUUUACGCUCAUUAUGAAAAUAUGAAAUGAAAAUAUGGUUUCAUGUAAUAGAAUAAGAAAAGGGAAAGUGGGGACGUUUUAUUGUCAGCCAGUAUUUUCACAAGGGCAUGCAUAUGUUGUGUGUGUGUUUUUUAAAUAUUCUUAACUUUGAAAUGCAAUAGCUUUUCUACUAAUGAAACUAAAUAUUAGACCUAUCUAUAUUUUCAGCAUAAAGUACCCCUUUCAUGAUUUCAUUGUUUAUUCGUUUCCGACUGUAUAUAGAUUUAUGUACGUUAUUUGCCAUAGAUAAAUUCGGUUAAGUUGAACUCCCCCAUGAAAUGUAACAGCGCCCCCUAUUAACUUAUAAUACUGAGAAAAUAGGUAAGGAACUUUUAUACGAAUUUCUGUAAAGUAAUUUAUCAAAUUUUAUGUGUCAUACAGUUCAACAUGGAAAUACUUCCAGGAAAUGCACUAAAUAUUUUUAUUGGUCGAAUAGCAAACGUGACAAAUUCAUAUGAUUGUACUUUUAAAUGUCCCAUAAGUUUACUCGAUUAUUCAGAUCACGUUUGUGAAGUCAGAAAUGAGAGUGAACACCAAACAUUUCUGUUCCUCUGGAUUUGUACCAUUCCAUUUUUAUUCUUUCUACGCUGAAAUGGCUGUAUUUUCUUAAAGAGUGCGUUAUUGAGAAGUAUAUGGGCGAUAGUUGGAGCUUUCAUGAUAAUCACUUUGCUAUCUGAAAACUUGGAAUAAAUAUAAAUCUAUAUAUUAUGAAGAGAUAAAAAUGAUGCUAA